UGUGGAGGUCUGAGCUGUCUUUGCAGUCUCUUGGGAGCAAGGUUGACUGCUGCUUCCCCCGACUAUAGGUCGGUGUCUCGCAGCGCAAUACACUGUUAUAGCAACAGUGGGCGCCAAGCCCAGCCUCGCGUCGUCACUUUUCCUACCAUCGCCUCCAGUCUCAACUCGCUUCUAUGCCUCACUACGGUUUGCAUGGCCUUCUGACCCAUCGAAACUGUUUGCUUGUAACCUAUCUUCAACAACAUCUUGUGUGCCAACCUGCUGCACCCAUGAGGUCGUAAUCGCGACACCUUCGUGCAACCAGUAAUUCCCACAACCCCUCCUCAGCUCCUCCGUACCCGUCUUCAGUAGCUUAAUUCAUGGCCGAAGAAGCAGCGUUGAACACAUAGAACGAUCGUAUUUUCUGGAUGGCUGCAUCCUCAGGUACUGAGAGCUUCCCGGCAUUUUCUCCGAUCCCGCCUUCAAACGACGAUUACAACCAGGGCGGAACUCUGUCGCGAUCUCCGUCAGGGAGCCCACAUCGAAAUGGUAAAGAUAGGUCUAGUCAUGACCGUUGGCAUCCCCGGCGGGAGAAGCAUAUACAGCGAGAUGAAGGUCCAGGAGCAGGGAGGCAAAAUCGUCACGCAAGACAGAAGAGCCUCUCCGAGGCCUUUCGAAACAUCCGAGGAAGAGGUGGAAGUGUCACCCAGAACGCGCAUGAGAUUGCGGAUGCGCUAAAGGCUCCUGUGUCUGGAAAGCUUGUACUGCUUUGCGCUAUAUGGUACAUGACUUCUAUACUGUCCAAUACAUCCUCCAAAGCAAUCCUCAAUUCGUUCUCGAAACCGAUUACACUGACAGUCAUCCAAUUCGCCUUCGUGUCGUCUUGGUGUGUCAUUUUGUCUCGUAUGGCUAAGUCAUAUCCCCGCCUAAAAACAAUGGUACCGGUUCUGAAGUCGACUAUCCGCCCCCCGAGUCGCGACAUCAUCCUUACAACUCUGCCCCUCACUCUGUUCCAGAUUGGAGGACAUAUUUUGAGUUCAGACGCAAUGGCAAGGAUACCAGUGUCUCUAGUUCACACAAUCAAAGGCCUGUCACCCCUUUUCACUGUCCUGGCUUAUCGGUUUGUGUUUGAUAUUCGAUACUCGGUCUGGACAUAUCUGUCUUUAGUUCCGCUGACCCUCGGCGUUAUCAUGGCAUGCUCGGCGAAUUUUCAAGCCGAGUUUUUGGGAUUGCUCUAUGCUUUCGGUAGCGCCGUCCUGUUCGUGACGCAGAACAUAGUCUCUAAGAAGCUUUUCAAUGAAGCAGCAGAGGCAGAGAAAGAUGGAGCGCCUCUCAAGAAUCGCAAGCCGGACAAACUCAAUCUACUGUGCUAUUCUUCCGGUCUCGCUUUUUUGAUCACAUGUCCGAUUUGGCUUUGGUCGGAAGGGUUCGGCAUAAUAGGAGACUUCUUACACGAUGCCUCGCUCGACUUGACCGAGAAACCUGGAUCCUUGGAUCACGGCCGUUUGGCAUUGGAAUAUUUUUUCAAUGGCACCUUCCAUUUUGGACAGAAUCUGGUAGCUUUCGUCCUAUUGUCUAUGGUCUCGCCAGUGACGUACUCGGUCGCCAGUCUUAUCAAGCGUGUCUUCGUUAUCGUGUUCGCCAUAGUCUGGUUUGGCAACAAGAUGACUAGAGUUCAAGGUUUGGGCAUCGUCCUCACCUUCGCCGGACUCUACCUGUACGAUCGAACCAAGAAUGCCGGGAAGGCCGAUAAACAAGCAAGGAACCUGCAACUCAACACAGACGCGCUGCUUCCCACCACAGGUAACGACUUUUCUCGUUUGACACCCAUCGCAUCAUCUCCAGAAUCUAUGUCGCCCGAUCGUUACGGCGCCUCUAAUGGACACAUGCAAGAGAAAAGAUACGACGAUGAGGGCCGCUGGUCACGAGAUCCAAGCACAGGAAUGGGCUGGCUACCGCCUGGGACGAAGCAAGAGGAGACAUGGGCAUCGCCACGGAUGGGUCAAGGCUCAGUUUCUGUAUCAUAGAGCAAGUAUAUAUUUUGGCAGCAUCAUAGCGGCGUUUGGCAUUUACGACCAGGUCAUUUACUUGGGUAUAUGUAGAUCUACACAGCUAAAGAUUGUAUACCUUGGACAAGUGAAGCAAUUCGGACUACAAGGCCGUGUUUUUGACCAUGUUGCUUCAUUCAUUCACUAUAUAUCCCCCAAAAAGUUAUCGAU